AUGGAAGAGCAACUAUGUUUCACAACGCAGUCGACUUGUACCGUCUCCUUUUUGAACGGAGCGAAACAGACAGAUUUGAAGCAGUGUGGCACAGAAUUUAGAAAUGGAACAGUACGAGUAGGUUCAUCGCAUUUAUUCGUCGCGCAACGUCGAAAGGCCCUCAUAAAUGUGUACAAGAUCAAUGGUAACGGAUCCAGAGAGUCAGUGGAGCAGAGACUGGCACUGCCUGAGCCGGCAAGCUGUCUGGAAGUGGUUCAAGACGUGCGGAAUCCGGACGCACCAUAUCUGCUUCUAGCGUCAACUGCAACGGGAAAACUAUUGAUUUGGGAAGUUUUGUCGGGCCAGCUUUUAACGGUUAAGCCAAUGGCGCACUAUCAGCCGAUUACUAAGAUUAAAUCGGUCUUCAACGGGAAAUACGUGAUCACGGCCGGUGGAGACGCAAGACUGAUGAUUUGGCAAACUGUUGACCUGGUCACACAGCAGGACCCAAAGCCCAUUUUCACGUUGCACGAUCAUACACUUGGAAUCACGGAUUUCUGCGUAUCCAAUGCUUUUUCCAAAACGCAUCUGUCGGGCAAGCUGUUCACGGUAUCCCACGACAUGACCGUGAGAUGCUACGAUCUGAAUCUAGACGUUUGGCCACAACCGCAGCUCUUAGCAACUUUCACGUUCCCGGGGCCCUUGGAAUGCAUUGCUUUAGAUCCAGCAGACAGAGCAUGCUACGUCGGAGGACCACUUGGUGUCUACCAAAUAAACUUUUACUACUCCAUAAGCUCGAAUCAGAUUCUCAAUCUUUUGAGUGGAGGAGAAAAUGCGAUUAUAUCUUGUGUGGAUUGCCAACCUGGAAGAAACUUACGUGAACUAUAUUCAAUGGGCCAGAUCGAGUGUCCUAAAAUCUCAGACGCCAGCGGAACGCAAUUGGCAAUCUCUAUGGAUGGAAGCUCUUUGGUCGUCGGCGACACUUUGGGCAAAUGCAGCGUUAUUGACGUGUAUUCCAAACAAACCAUGAAGGAGAUUCAAUCAAUUGUUGUUAACGAUACUUGCGGUGAGGUUACCAGUUUGGAUUUGAGCGUCAUCGCUCAAGAUACGUCUGAUAGUCUUGUCAGCACAGGCAAGUCGCAUGCGGAGUUCAAGUUUCCAAACCUCCAGAAAAGUGUUUCGACUCGUGACGGGGCACAAGACGUUUACUUUCAAGUCCCCGCUGAAAGACAACCUGCUGUUGCUCCAAUAGAUGACUUCGAGGCGUACCUCGACCAAGUUGCUUCAGAGGAGAGUGCCUUUGUGCAGCUGGGAAGCGUUAUUUCCACUGUGAAAAUCGUCGACCAAGUUAACUCGGAACCAAAGCCAGCAGCUGACGGCGUAGAUGCCGGGGAAAACGUAGCAAGCUCUAACAACAACCAAGAAAUUCAGGAGCUGCGAGCUAAUGUGGCGGAGAUCACCGAUGCGUACAGGGAUCUGCGAGAAAUGUAUGACAAACUGUUACGCGAGCAUCAAACGCUGUCAUCGACCUCAAGAUCUUGA